CUAACUGCAGCAAACCAGUAUUGACUGCGUCUGCAGCAAAACUUUUGUUUACAUCUAUAAUUUGCAUUGGGAGUGAUUUGUAGCAAAAAUUAAGUUAUUAACAAAAAGAUAUGGAAAAAUUAAAUGCCACUCUUAACUCGGUCAAAGCCUUACGUUCCAGCGUUCGACAAUGUUUCGAACAAUUGGCCGAUGGCACUGCCUCUGAACAGUCAGAGGAUAGCCGCACAAAAUUUCUACUUGAGUUUCAGGAAAAUUACAGCCACAUCAAUCAACAAUUAAGAGAAGUGGAAACCUUAAUUCAAGGCCUACAACCACCGUUGGGUCCCUACUAUUUGGGUAAUACCACAUUUUUGGCACAGGAAAUCACUCAAGAUCGUCAAGCUAUGUAUUCACAACUGGUUAGCAGUUAUAAAUGGAUAGACAAAGUGCAUGAGCACAGUUUAUUGGCUUUUAACAAUCUUAAUCUAAAUAAUUUAAGGCGCUCGUACACCUAUUGUUCUCAGAAAAGGGGAAGAGUACAAUAUACAUCGUGCAACAAUCCAGAUCCUGAGUUCAUUGAUAAUCUGUUCAACAGUGACAUCACACAUACCAACACAACCUACAAAGUCUGCCGACCAUUUAGCUCCAAUGCUGUUGUGAUUGCUACCAUAAGUCACGUUUUGAAGGCCGCCAUAAUAUGUAAAGGUGUGCUAAUCGAAUGGGUAACCGUAAAGGGGUAUGAUGAACCAAUGGAAAUUGAAGAUUUGUGGACUGAAUCUCGUUACGAGGUAUUUCGCAAAGUUCAAGAGCAUACACACUCAGCGAUGUUACACUUCUUUUCGCCCACACUUCCCGAAUUGGCUGUCAAGAGUUAUAUGACUUGGCUGAACAGCUAUAGUAAAUUAUUUUUGGAGCCUUGCAAGAGAUGUGGAAAAUAUGUCUCAAAUGGCCUACCGCCAACUUGGCGCGAUUUAAGGACCCUGGAACCUUUCCAUGAGGAAUGCAAAAAUUGCUAAUAUUAACAUUUUUAGCCAAAGCUAACUAAUAUUGUAUUUCCAUUAAUAUAAAUUAUAAUAUAAAAAAUGCUUGGUUUUGUUUUUUUUCUGUUUUAAAUAAUAUUUCUUCUGUUUGUAUAUAUUUUUUAAACAUAAAAAGAAAACAAUCAAUCAAUUCAUAA